AUGUCUGACCAGAUAUAUGAUGUGGUGAUCGUUGGUGCGGGUCUUUCUGGCCUGCAAGCGGCGCUUACCGUCCAUCAUGAAAACCUCAAUUACUUGGUCCUCGAGGCGAGGGAUCGAGUGGGUGGGAAGACACUGACUCUGCGCUCCAGCGAAGGGGCCGUCAAGUCCGAUCUGGGGGCUGCGUGGAUCAACGACAGCAAUCAAAGUCGCAUGUGGGAACUUGCGAAUGACCUUGGACUGCAUACUUAUGUCCAAAACACCAGUGGCAACGUCGUUGUCCAGGAUUUUGACGGGACGCUCGUCAAGUUUCCAUACGGCGAUGUACCCAAGUAUCCGUCCGACAGUGACACAGAGUCAUGCAUAUCAAUCCGAGAUUUGGUCGAACACAUCUCCACCACGCAGACACCGUCGAUCUUCUCGGCAGGACCUCAUCGAGAGCAGCUUGACUCCAUUUCUUUUGAGACGUUCCUGCGGCAAGCAAAGGUGACGGAGAAGGCGUUCGCGACGGCACAGGUCUGGACUCACGCCAUGUUGGGCGUCGACCCGGCCGAGGUUUCAGCUUUAUACUUCCUCGAAUAUUGUGCCGCUGGCGGAGGGUUGAUGACCAUGCGAUCCGACUGCAAGGAUGGUGGCCAAUAUCUCCGCAUUCGAGAAGGCACUUCAGCCUUCGCGGAAGGAAUGGCACAAAGACUGAAGCCUGGGUCGAUCAAGCUGGACAGCCCCGUCGGAGCGAUAGAUCAAAAGCAGGACAACACCGUCUUGAUCUCAACACGAGGACGCUCGCCACAAGUGUAUCGUGCUCGGAAAGUCAUUCUCUCGAUUCCGACACCAGUGUAUAAGACCAUAAGGUUCUCACCAUCCUUACCUGCCGCAAAAAGUGCAGCUGCCAAUCACACUCGCUAUGGAUUCUAUAACAAGUAUAUCAUCAGAUUCACCAAGCCGUUCUGGGCGGAGAGACACCUGUGCGGCCUGGGUCAAUCAUUCGUUGGUCCCGUAUCGGUCUUCCGGGACACCAGUUUGGGCGAUGAUGCGUGUAUGACGUGCUUCAUCGGCGGAAAGUUCGGGAGGAAAUGGACGGCCCAAGAUGCGGAGGGGAAGAAGGCAUCCGUACUGAAGCAGAUAGGCGCCAUGUUUGCAGACGGAGAGGACAUCCGUCCUCUUUUUGUCGAAGCCUAUGAGUCGCCGUGGAUGGAUGAGGAGUUCUCGGGCUGGGGUUGUCCAUGUCCUGCGAUGCCACCAGGUGUUCUUGCAGACGGGUGGAAAGCAUUGUGCGCAUCUUUUGGGAAUAUCCAGUUCGUGGGCACAGAAUUGAGCACCGUCUGGAGAGGAUAUAUGGAAGGGGCUAUUCGAAGCGGAGAGAGUGGCGCGUUGCAGGCGAUAGCUCAGCUGAAGGCCGGGGGGUUGCAGAACGCAAAGCUGUAG